ACUUCAUUAUUACUUCAAAAUAUUAUUCUUGAGGCUAUAGUCGGAAAUGGCAUGAAGCUAUGAAUAUUUGAAAUGGAAGGUGGUUUGAACCUUAUGUAGAAUAACGUGUUGUUGCUGCAUCUUGCAAUAUCAAAACAACGUUCUUCUCCUGUUUGUUUUGCAUGUAAUCCAUGAAAAUCUACAAGGAAUGAGUCCAGUGACACAAUUCUGUGGGCCACCGCAACCAAUGAAUGAUAAUGGGAACUGCUCAUUCUAAGUCCUCUUUAAUUUCUGCUCAUAGCUCCCUAUCCCUUGAGAAUCUGACCAUUUUAUAAAGCAGCAUCCCAUGAGUACAGAGUGAAUGGAAUGAGAUAAAACAUAUUUCCAUGCCGACUUUAAUUCUUUUAUAUCACGAUGAAAACUUUUUCCUGGUAAUAAUAAAGUUGGCAUUCAGCAUAUGAAGGAUGUGUUCACACUUUGGUGCAUAGAUUCUGAAAAUGUAAAAUGGCCGUCUACGUGUGUACGCACGCAUUUCCUCUCUCGCACGCACACACAUGUCAUGCAGCCAGUGACGAGAAUUCGGUGUAACACAUGUGUAUGCGUCACAGGGGAGGUAUGGGACAUUAAGAAUGUCAACAAAUGUGACGAAGGUCAAAAAUUAAGAGAUUUUAAAUUUGUCAUUCAUUAGUUUGUUAGGCACUAAGUAAAAGUGAAGUUUCUGUAAAUGAGCAUCAUGUCUUUUAGAACUAAAGGAAAUGAAAGUAAUUAUGAAGCAGAAGAAAGUGGAACAGUUAGUGCAGGGUCCAAAACUCUUCCAGUUUUAAAUGAACUAAACGAGCUAUAUAAAAAUCGCAUACGGAGAAUAGAUGAAGAAGCUGGUGAAGAUGGCACAGAGAUAAAACUUUUAGUUCUUCAAUCAUGGGUCUCAGAUCUAGAAGAGCAAAAUACCAUGCUUAUCCAGGCAGUGGAACAAUUGGAGCAGGAAGCAGCUGAUCGUGUGUCUUUACUUCAAGAAAGUUUGCAGCGCUCAUCUCAGGCAGCUGUUGCAUACAUGACCAAGCUGGAUGAUUUUGAUAAGGGUGUGUCUGUAGAGAAGGAUAAAGAUUCCAUUAUUGAAGAUCUUAAGGCUGAACUUUUGAGCCUGCGUAUGAAACUGAAGAAAUGUGGGUAUGGCAAAAGAAGUAAUGGUUCAGAACUUAAGGAGGAAGUUAUAGCUCUGAAGGAAGACAAUGAACUGAAGGAAGGGAAGAUUCAAGGAUAUAUAAGAAGAUUUCAGGAACUAGGGGAUAGUAUGCAUGACAAAUCUUGCCAGGUUGUGAUUGAAACACAGCCAAGAGGCAAAUCAAGUGAUGAUAAGUAUUUUGAAGAGUUAGAUGUAUGUCUAAACAAAGCUUUGCAAGAAAAGUCAGAACUUGUUAAACAAGUGGAGCAGCUCAAAACACAAUUGAAGGAAAGUGUGGUGGAAAUUGAGCAACUCAGCAAAGCAGUGAAUGACAAGGAUCAGUCUGCAAAAGAUAUGCGCAAGGCUUUGACAGCAGAAGUAGCUGAUAAACAUGAUCAGAAUUUGGCUCUUCGACGUGAAAUACAACUUCUGGAAGAGAGAUAUCGUCAAGCAGACAUGCAAACACAUUUCAGAGAUGUUAUUAUUAAAGAAAUGAGAAAAGAUUUAAAAGUUGCAAGGUUAAAGCUUGCCUCCAUUGACCUAGACCAGCAGAAUCCUGUGGUAUGUAAUGGUCAGAAAUGCAUGUCUUCCUUUCUACCUUCUAAUCAUCCCACUUGCCAGUCACAAUUCUCAUCUGUCCAACCUAACAGUGAGUAAGAACAACACUGUUUACUUAAUGUAACCUGUCGUCUUUAUAGCCAUCCUCAUGAACACCAGCAGGUUCAGUUUCCUGUUAACAAAUCAAACCAUGAUUUACAAGAGCACACAUCUCCUGAUAAACCUCAUGAUUCAUGUCUUCCAUACCAGCAUCUCUGCACUCCUGAAAAGAUAAUUAGACCUGUUAGUGAGAAGUUAUAUAAUGUCGAAAAUACUGAUGAAGCUCAAAUUCCAUCUGCCUGCAGAUGUAAACCAUUUCUAGAGA